AUGUUCCAGAAGAAGCGUCGGCUAAGUCACACUCAGGAAGAGGAAGGCGGUCAGAAAGAAAAUGAGGAGAACAUGGACGGACUGGAGAGUGAUGGUACUUAUGACUCGGAUGAGGAUGAGGACUACGAUGAAGAGAUUGAUGAAGAAGACGAGGAACUUGAAGAAGAUCAAGACGAUAGUGAAGAUGAAGGUGUCACUGACGAAGAAGCUGCAGAGGACUCUAAGAAAGUCAGUUUUGUAGAGGAAGAGGAAGGCGGUCAGAAAGAAAAUGAGGAGAACAUGGACGGACUGGAGAGUGAUGGUACUUAUGACUCGGAUGAGGAUGAGGACUACGAUGAAGAGAUUGAUGAAGAAGACGAGGAGCUUGAAGAAGAUCAAGACGAUAGUGAAGAUGAAGGUGUCACUGACGAAGAAGCUGCAGAGGACUCUAAGAAAGUCAGUUUUGUAGAGGAACCCUCAAAUAGCGAAGAUAGUGAAGAUAUAGAGCACUCAUCAAACGACGAGGAAGACUUAGAAGACGAAGAGGGUGCUCACGUUGACGACGAGUCAGAUGAAGAGGACGGCGUUUCAUCAGAUCAAGAUGACAGUGGUGAAGAUUCCGAUGGUGAAGUAAGCCUUGGUGAAGACAGAGAAGCAGUAAUAUUGAAGUGCACUGAGGCGGACGCGGUGUUGCUCCUGCCGGAUUUCGACAAAUUCCCGUUCACUGAUGAGGACUCAAGUGUCACAGCGACUCGUGCUUUUGCUUGGAUGGUUGCUCCGUGUGACGUUCAGUCCUUUUUCAAGGACUUUUUCCAAUCAAAUGCACUGAUUGCGAAGCGUGGAACUCCGAAUUACUACAGCAACUUGUACUCUACUGAGCACUUUGUUGAACUCUUAGAGAAAUUGGGCCGCUCGGUGCAAUUCGUAAACCCGCAGACUUUUGACGAUCGUGUCUGGUACCUGUGUGAAGUCUUGCAGGAGUUGUUUGGCUGCUUUGUUGGAGCGAACACAUACUUGACCCCACCCGGAUCAGCCGGUUUUGCACCUCACUGGGAUGAAGAUCGAUGCGUUUUUGCUCCAGUUGGAGGACUCCAAGGAGAUUCCAAGGAAAACGAGCUGCCGAGGGAAUCUAGCGGUAAUUUCACUGAUGAGGAUAUGAAGGACCGUAAGCCGACUUUUGAAGGUUGGAUCGAAGCUGGUGACCUUCUCUAUAUUCCUCGUGGAUUUAUUCAUAACGCUAUAACUGAUGAGAAUGUACAUUCGCUUCACAUCACUAUUUCGAGUGGAAGACUAUGGACAUUUGCUGAUCUUCUGGAGAAGAUAGUGCCUGAAGCUGUGUCGACGUUGGCGAAGAAUCGCUGGAAAAUGCGAAAAUCUUUACCUGUUGGAAUGCUUGAUAUGAAUGGUGUGGCGGAGAUCGAUUAUCGUAUGGAGGAACACUUUGAGGACGAAUGGAAGAGUGUGGUUGACCGCCACAUGACUGUUCUUCGGAAUUCACUGAGAGAAGUUUGCGAUGGUGGCAUAGAUUUGAUGGCUCGUUCGUUUAUGAGGACAGCGUUGCCUCCACUGCUUACUCCGGAAGAAAAAUCACAUAGUGUUAUUGGAUGCAAAACUGAUAUUCUCAAUGGAAAUGUAAUGGAGUUCCGCCCGAGCACCAAAGUGAAGCUGAUCCGAAGGCAUGCGCAAAGACUGUUAUUCGAAAGUGAAGAUAGCUGCUAUAUAGCUCAUCGUAUGGCGAACUCUCGUCUCUAUGAGGGCCUCCCUGAGCAGACGUUUGAGCUGCCAAUUGAGUUCGUCAGUGGAUUCAAUGCUCUUUGUGACAGCUAUCCUGAAUGGCAGGCGAAAUGA